AUGACCAAUCACAAAUAUGCUUACAAAAAAAUUGCAAACGUUUUUAAAAGGUUUAUAAGAUUUUCCAAAUGGGACGAAAUUCAAAAAUAUGAAGAAUGUUUGAAAUCUUUGGGAAAUCAUGAAAAACGUAUACGUAUUGAUAUAAAUGGGAAAAAUAAAAAAACAACAAAAUAUUUUUUUGAUAAAAAUAAAUAUAUAUAUGUUAAAAAUAAAAAUGAUAUUAAAUUAUUUGAUAAAAAAAAUGCGGGGAAAUUUCACAAUGUUCUAAAUAACCCAGAGGUGGGCAAACUUCCUAUCUGCUCUGAAAAAAAUGAAAAAAAAUCGGAAAAACACUAUGCUACAAUAAUAAAUACAGAAAAAAAUUGUAAUAAUAUAAAAUCGAAUAACACUAUAUAUGAUUUAAAUAAAAGUGGAAUAACAACAAAAAAAGAAAGACAACUUGAAAGAUAUUUCAAAAAUUUUAAAGACAUAUAUGAUUUAACAAAAGAUGAAAUUAUAUAUAUGAAAUUUAUUGAAAAGAUAAAAAUAAAACAUAUAUUUUCUCUAAUAAAUAAUAUAAGAAAAAAUAUAUAUAUCGAAAAAAACCAAGAAAAACAUAUUUUAAAUUGUAUUUAUAAAUAUUUAAGUUAUCAUUGUUAUGCUAUGAGACUUAAUGAAUUUCUUUUUUUUCUUUUUAUAUUUCCACAAAAUAUAAAAUAUUCAAAUAAAGUUAUUUAUUAUUUGUCCAAUAUAAUUAACAAAAAUCAAAUAAAUAUGAAUACGUUCAUAAAUUUAAUAGAUGAAAUUAAUUUAUUUCAUAUUAACAUGCACAUUAAUCAGAUAUACAUAGAUUAUCUAGUUAGAAAUAUACACAAAAUAAAUAUUUAUAAUGUUUUUUAUUUACUAACUAAAGGUUCUUAUAUAUUUUUAGUCUUACCUACAAAUGAAAAUUCAUCUACAACUCAGUUAAAUAACCAAAAUCUUUUGUUUAAAAAAAAAUUAUUACAAUUAUUAAAUGAACAAGCUAGCUAUCCAAAUUUUGAAGAGAUAAAAAUGGAAUAUUUAAAUUUUUUAUCUUACAAUUCUGAAAAUUAUAAUUUUUAUUUACACAUUUUUUUUAAUGAUGUAUAUAUUAGUUUAUACAAAAAUAUUAUUCUUCAUAAUUUUAAUAAAAUCAUUAAAAAAAACCCAAAAGAUAUUGAUUUUUUUAAACGUAUAGUUGCAUUACCUUCAUUCAAUGUUAGUAUAAAUCACAUUAACCAAUUAUUAUUAAAUAGUUUAAAUGACAUGAACGUGUCAGAAAAAAAUGUACAAAAAGAGAUAUGCCAAAAUUCUAAAAUAAAAAUAUUCCCUGAUUUUAUUUUAGAAAAAGACAAGCAAAAUGAUCAUUCAACAAUGUAUACCCACCAAAAAAAUAAUGAUAUAAAAACUGAAAAUACCAUAAAUUUCAAAAAAGAAAAUAAUUUGGAAAACAAAAAAUUAAUUAAAAAUAAUUCCAAAAUAAUAGAUCAUAACAAUACACAAUGGAAUAAAUCCAACAUGUCGAAUUUAACUAUAAAUAGCCAUACACUAGAACAAAAAAAAAAAAUGUCUCUUUUUUGUUCUCCCUCUGAUAAAAUAAAAAGUCCAAAUUAUAGCGAGGUAAAAGAAAAAUAUAAAAUACCAACAAAAAUAACGGAUAAAAAUAUUAAAAUUUUUCUAAAAUUUUUAAAAAUUACAAAUUCACAAAAACAAGAAUAUAUAAACAAUACUAUUAUAAAUAAUCAAAAAAAUAAUAUAUAUAAUACAAUGUUAUCUAUGAAUAAAAUUGCAAAAAACGAAAAAAAUAUAUCAUUUCCAAAAACAUUUCUCAGUUUUUUUGAACAAUGGGAAUAUAUAAAAAAAGGUUAUAUCGAAGAUUCAGUCAAUAAAAAUAACGAAAUGAAAAUAAUGCCAAACAUAAUAUCUUUUGAAGCUGAAAAUCAAUCACAUUCCCCAACCCUUAUCUAUAAUAAAGAAAAUAAAAAAGACAUACAUUAUAUUACCCCAAUACAAACAAAUAAAAAUUGCAAUUCAAAAGAUAUAUCUCUUAUUCAUAAAGAAUCUAAAAUAAAAAAAAGAAAUAUAAUACAAGAAAAAAUAACUUCACGUUUUUUUCAACACAAUAAAAAUGAAGAAAAUAAUGAUAAUUUAUGUCCGUCUAAAAGUCAAAUAUUGUUUCAUAAUGAAAUUGCUGUAAAAGAAAAAAUACAUGAAUUAAUAAAUAACAUUUAUUUGAAUCCGCAAAUUCAAAAAAAGUUUUAUCAUAAGUCUCAAAUAAAUUAUAUUUCAAAAUUUUUUUUUUAUGUUUGUAAAUCAUAUGAAAUAUAUAUAAAGAAUUCAUAUAAGGAUAUGGAAUCGAAAGAAUAUAAAUUAUUAAAUGAUAAAUUUGAAAUUAUUUUUUAUGAAAUAUUUACUUAUCUUUUAAAAUCUUUAAAUCUUAUAAAUAUCUCAAAUCAUUUAUAUUUAUUUAUUUCCCUUUCAAAAUAUAUAAAUCUUAAUGAGUUUAAUUCUUUAAACCUGAAUAAACAAAAUAGACAUUUAUUAAAUUUAAAAAGAAAAAAUAAAUUUGUUAAUAUUUUAUAUGCAAUUCAUACAAUUCGAAAAUACCAGUAUGAAGGUGUUAAAGAUAUAUUGCACGAUAAAGAUAAUGAUAGAUACUUAAUUUUCAGAACUCUUUGUGAUGAAAAAAACAAUGAAAUUUUUAAUUUAUCAACAAAUGUAGACAGUGAAAAUAUAUAUAUUAAAAAAAAUCAUAAAAAUCUUCAGAAUGUAAUCCUUGAAAAUUUUGAUAUAGACAAUGUAUUUUGCUCAAAAAAUAAAAAUAUGAGCAAUGCAUGUAAAAGUGUAAAAAUAAAAAAAAAUUAUACAUUACCUGACUGUUCAUAUAAAAAUGAUAUAAAUAAUAUGAACAUAAGUAUAUCAAAUAUGUUAGAGAAGUAUCCAUUAUUCAGCAGUUUUAAUUAUAUACUAAUUUUUUUGAACAAUUAUUUAGAUUCAAAUAAAUUCAAUCUUAACAGUUUUUUAGUUAUUAUAUUUUAUUUAGAAAAAAUUAUCCCCUCUUCUUUAGUUCAUCUUUAUCAUAUAGAAUCUAUAAUAUAUAAAAACCAUCAAAAAUUUAUUAACAAAUAUUUUUAUAUAUUUAACGGGUUAUAUAAUAGCCAAACAAAAAUUCUUAACAAGUCAUAUGCAAUUCAAAUAAAAAAAAAUUAUAUUCAAUUAGUUAAUGAUUGUAUACCUUUACAAAUUUUAAGACAAAUUUCAGAAUCAGGACAAAAGAAAAAUCAGGCAUACAACCAUAGAUGCAAUAUAUUUGAUAAUAUUGAAAAUAUAUUCAAAAAAAAAAAAAAUAAUUAUUAUUUUUUUAAUUCACCAGAUAAUACAAUAAAAUUCUUUUUCUUAUAUAGCCAAAAUAAAAUAUAUCACUCAUCUAUAUAUUAUGAUAUAACAAAACAUUUGUAUAAAUUUAAUAUAAAUAAUAUAGAUAAUAAUAUAGCUUUUCUUAUUUUUUCUGUUUUAAUUCAAUGCAAACACAUUUAUAAACCUUUUCUAUUUUCACUUCUUAAUCUUAUUCUAAAUUUAGAGCAAAAAAAUUAUCGAAGCAAUUUGUAUAUUUUAUCGGCGAUUUUAUUAAUGUUAAUAAAUCAGUGUAAAAUUAAAAAAAAAAAUAAUAAAAAAACUCACACAAAUUAUGUUUAUAUAAAAACAAAGUUCUCAAAAAUCAAUUGGAAAUAUUUUUUCCCUAUCCAUAUUUUUGUUUCAAGAAAUAUAAAAUUUAUUUCAGAUCAGUUUAUAAAGACAUUUGAAUCAAAAAUCACAUCCGACUAUCAUAUAUUUUGUCGAAAUAAAGAAAAUGAAAAUAGUUUAAACACAAGGUCCCUUGAACCUUCUCUUAUUAAUUUAAGAAAUAUUGAAAUACUUCUCAAAAAUAGAAUUACAAAAAUGAUACAUCAAUACAAAGAAUACAUAGAACAAUACCCAAAUAAACAGAUUGAACAAAAAAACCCAACAAAACAAGUUAAGGAUCCUUUAUCCUAUUUUUUUUAUUUAGACAAAGAUGUUGAAUCAUAUUUGUUUCUUAUUUGUCAAAAUUUUUUUUCUUAUAAUUUUGUAAACAAUCAUUUCAUAUUGCCAAGGGAUUCACUUUACUAUCGAAUCUUAUCCCAUUUAAAAAAAAAUAAAGAAAAUGGAUUAAAAUGA